GGCGCGGAAGGGCGUUGCAGUGGGAGGGGUGUGAGGCGGCUAAGAUGGCGGCGCCCUGUUGAGUGCAGUUGCUUUAACGGUGGUGCCUGGAGACGCGUCGGUGGGCGGCCCAGGAACCCUGACUGCAGGCAGAGAGUGACAUCUGAAAGCCCCUCCCCUCCACCUUGGCCACGCUCUACACCACCACCACCAUGGCCAGGGAACAGCUCAACGUAGCUGACCUGCUCCACCUCCUGGAGACCUCUGAUCUCCGACAGCUUGAGGAAAUCAAGGGUCUCAUCAACGAACACCUCACUACAGAGCGAGGGUCGGUGCUCCUGAAUGGCUUGGUGGAUUAUUUCCUGGAGACCAACUCAAGUCCAGCACUGCACAUACUGUGUUCAGUGAGGGAGCCACAUGACAAGCACCUUUUUGAUAAGAUGAACGAGUGCAUGGCUAAGGCAGCAUGUCGUCUGCCUACCCUCAACCUCCUGGGCCACGUGGUGCGCAAACAGCCGUCCUGGAUUCACAAGAUCGCCCGCAACCCUCUGCUACUCUCGCUGCUCAAGUGUCUCAAGGUGGACACUGAUGUUGUGGUUCUCAUAACUGGAGUGUUGGUGCUUGUCACCCUUUUACCCAUGAUCCCUCAGGCAGGGAAACAACAUCUGUAUGAGUUUUUUGAUGUUUUUGGACGCCUGGCUGCCUGGAACCUAAGGAACCCAGGCCACAUUUCAGAGGUGUUCCUGAUCCACUUGCAUGCCAGCGUCUACUCACUCUUCCACCGGCUGUACGGCAUGUACCCCUGCAACUUCAUCUCCUACCUGCGCUCUCAUUACAGCAUGAAGGAGCACAUGGACACGUUCGAGGAGGUGGUUAAGCCAAUGAUGGAACAUGUCCGCAUACACCCUGAAUUAGUGACUGGAACGAAGGACCAUGAGCUGGACCCUACCAGAUGGAAGAGGUUUGAGAUCCAUGACAUUGUGAUUGAAUGUGCCAAAGUGUCUCUGGACCCUCGGGAGGCGUCCUGUGAAGAGGGCUAUGCUACCCUGCCUGAGCACUUCUGUGCCAAUCUGCACAUGCGUGCCCCUGAUUGCACUGCCAGUCCCUACACUGACCUGCACAACAGCUACGGAAGUUCAUCCUCCAAUCAUUUUUCCACACCACGGCAGUCUGCCCUUCCUCCUCUUCCCCUGCCCUCUCUCUCAGGGACACAGUUGGCUCAUCGCAGUCCUCCCAGCACCGACCAGCCGAGCUCUACAUGUGAAUUUAACUUCAUCUAUGGUGUUAAAGACACUCUCUGGAGCCCCUCUGCCCUCUGUGGGAUGGCCACCCCGCCUUCCUCAAGAGGAAUGUCACCGAACCCUGAGCUAUCCCAGAGUGCCUUUCACUUAUCUGGUCGCUUUUACAGCACACCAGGAGGUGGUAAAGGAACCCCGUGUUCCAGCACUCCAGCAACAUCGUCUCCUCCUCCCAGCCUCUCGGACGAGCUACCUUCUGCCUCCUUAACCUCCAGUACACCUAGCCUGCAGUGGAAGGAUGGUAGACCUGUAGACCCCACCAAACCUCCCCUGCUGAGGCAGGAGCAAAUCAGAGAUCUUGAGAAAUCAGGGGGUGAUGUGACCAAUCACAGAGAUGGUGGGGCUAAGAACAUGUCCAUGACACUGACGGAGUUAUCCGUCUACAUGAAUGAGCAGGAGCCACUGCGGUUGGGCAAGGAGAGGGAGGAGGCUGCUAUCACAGAGGAGCUGAUGAAGCUGACCGAGGAGAAGUGUGACACAUCUGGCGCACGUGGCUCAGACUCGCCCUUCUUCCACACCACAGAGACUCUCACUGGCGCCCAAGAGAAGCCCCCACCAGCAAUUAUCCACCACCGUGACCCCCACCAUGCUGUUUCCACGCCUGAUAAGGUCGACAUGCGGGCCUGGUGCAAAGGUCCAGUCAGCCGUACUGCAUCCCUGGAGCAAUCGUGGUCCUUCCAGCCGCUCUUCACCCCAAUAGAACUACGGCACCACAGCCCCAGUGCAGAAGAUGAAGCUCUGAAAAAUACACCACACUCGCCCAGCCCGGGCACAGCACCCUCAUCACUGCCUUACGAGGCUCUCUUUGACCUGGCACUGCCCCGCGCCACUUCCUUGUUCAUGAGCCGCAGGAGCUCAGAGGCACUGGAGAGAGUUGCGAUGCAAGGCAUGGUGGAUGAAGGUCAUGGAGUAGCAUCAGCAUCUCCUCUAGAGGUGCUUGAUCGCCUGGUGCAGCAAGGCAAAGAUUCUCAUGACAGGGCGCUGAAGAGAUUGCCUCUGCCAAGCAAGUCAGCUGACUGGACUCACUUUGGAGGCUCUGCACCUCUGGAUGAACUGCAGACGCUGCGCAGUCAGCUGCUGUUGCUACAUAACCAGCUGCUGUAUGAGCGUUAUAAGCGUGAGCAGCAUGCUGUGCGAAACCGCCGCCUGCUGCGCAGAAUCAUCAAUGCCACCGCACUGGAGGAACAGAAUAACGCAAUGAAGGAUCAGCUGAACCUGCACUGCGUGGAUAUCGCGUCUCUCCGUGAGAGCCUAAACAUGGAACAGCAGCGCUACAGGCAGCUCUGGGAUGAACGGGAGACUGUGGUCACGAGCCUGCACGGUCAAGUCCGCCAACUUCAGCAUGAUCGCGAUGACUACUACACCAAAUACCAGGAGUUGCAAAGUAAGAUGCAGGAGUGCAAGAAGAGGAUGGGGGAAAUGGAGGCUGAGCUCCAGAAGGCGAAUAACAGGGUGUGUCAUACGGGGCACCAGCUGAAUCAGCUCACCGCCAAGUUGUCCACGAGCGAGAGCACACAGCAGCAGUUGAGCUUCAUGAGCAGACAGUUGCUGCUGUUGGGGGAAGCCCAUAAACUGUGUGUGCAAGAGCUUCAACAAGCAGGCCCAGACCUCAGCAAGGAGGUGCAAAUGGUGCAGGUGUCCUCGCUGAAGGAGGUAGAGCGGCUGAAGCAGAAUCUGCUGCUACAGUGCCAGAAGCUGGAUGCGGCACAGCAGAGAGUGGCUGAGCUGGAGACGCAACUGUCCAAGAAAGAGCACCUCAUCGCAGAGCAGAAGAAGUUCCUGGAGGAUGUCAAGGGACAGGCUAAGGAGGAGCUAAAGGCUUCUGAAAGUAGGUACCAAGCACAGAGGCGUGUGACUCAGGCCCUGCAGAUGGAGCUGUUGCAGGUCUACAGCAGGCUGGAGAUGGAGGCUCCUGUUGCCACUGCUGCAGCUUCAUCAGCAGCAGAUGCCACAGAGCGCUGCUGUUCCACACAGACCAGUGUGGUGGCAUCAGAUGGACCAAUGAAAACAGCCUCUAAAGAGUGUGGUAAGUCAUCACCGCAUAGGAACGGCUUCUCAUCGAGUCAAGCCAAAGCCGGCUCCACUGCCCCGAUGUCUAAGUCCUUAACCGGCAGCCGAGAAACACCCCCACCCAUGCUGGUGGAACCGCCCCCUGCAUGCCCUGUGGUGCCCUCUAACACCCCCUCCCUCACCGUCGGCUCCUACCCCAGUGCCAAGAGCUUCCUGGGCAUGCGGGCACGGGAACUCUUCCGCAACAAGAGCGAGAGUCAGUGUGAUGAUUACACUCCCCGCCCACAGCUCACCGGUCUAUCACAAGGCCUGAAGACCGAGCUCUGUGUGGAGUCUUCAGUAAAGACUACCGUAAAGACAGGCCCUGCCUCCAGCAUGGCUGCUAAAGAGCCUGAUGUCUUACAGAGAGCAUCAAAACGGGAAACAGGAUGGCCGAUACAGCAACAGCUACAUAUCAUGGACUAUAAUGAAACUCAUCAGGAGCACAGCUAGAGAGAGGAAAGCUAGUAGAUGAAGGAAGCUGCAAACUGACAUCGGAUUACGCAGGACUCUUUUUUUGAUUUCAGUGUUCAUCCCGUUUCUUCAAGUGGACAACAGGAUUUGGAACUUUAAGCUCGUGUUUCUCGUCUCCAAGCUGGAUCGGGACCCGAACUCAAGUGUCUUCCUGUGUGGAGAUAAAACCUGUUUUCAUUUUCUCCCUCGUUUUCAGUCUUGCAUCAAACGACCAGUAUCAUUAAUGAGUGCCAGUCUGUAGUGCAGCGUCGAGUGGAGUGAUUUUGGGGUUACGAGUGCCUCCACAAUGGGAUGGUGAGGACAACGAUUGGCCUUCUUGUGUCAAGGAGGAGCAACAGUGUGUUCUUGACCCCUUAAAGAACUUGCCCAGAAACCAGCUGAAAUUAUGCAUAUCGCAUGUGUGAAAGAAGGAGAGAAAUACGAAGUUUUUUAUUAUUUUUUUUUUUUAUAUUACUAGAGUUUUAAAAUUAUUUAUUUUCUUUUUUCUCUAUGAUGUAUUAACAUCCAUGAAAAGUGAGAAAUGAAGCCCACAAAUUUUAACAAGUUAAAAGCAAUGCCAUUUCAGCCAAGACCGUACCCAUAUGUCUUAGUGUCAUACAGAGCUUUUCCACAACACAGCAAGGUAAAUUAACCAAGCGUCGACUUUACAUUGUGAAGUAUCCAUGCUGAAUAGUUACCCUUCUUGCCCAGAUACCUUUUGUUUUGAGACCUCUGAUUGGCCUGAACAGAACUGGUCACAGAAUUUUCCUGAUAACGUGUCUAUAGUCACUUUCCAAUAGCCAAAUUCUCUCUUUUUUUUUUAUUUAUUUUUUUUAUUUUUUAUUUAUUUAUUUUUUUCAUAUAAACAUUUUUAAAAAUCAAUUUAAGAUCUGUUAUGUCACUGUGUCUGCCCACUUCACAGGGUACAAAACAGUGUCAUGCACUCCAUGCACAAAAGGGAGCCAUUUGAGAUUUUGCCAUAGAAAAUGUAUUACUCCUUGCAACAUCUGAUAACGUUUGCACACAUGGGUUUUUAUUAUUAUUAUUAUUAUUAUUAUUAUUAUUAUUAUUUUUUUUUUUUAUAAAAGUGAUCAUUUUGGCACACUUGGCUCUGUUUGGGUGGCCCAUUACAAUAUCUUGUGCACAGUUUUGAGGGAGACGAGUGACCGUGAAUGUGAAAUUUUAAUUUUUUUUUUUUUUUUUUAUUGAACGUUACCAAUCACUAAUCACCCGAAUCUGCAAAAUAUCUUGUACACUCAUGGUUAAUGUCAUGUGAGCUAAAACCAACACCGGUAUUCAGCCAGGAUGUGGAUAGUACUACGUUGGAAUUUGGUGCUGAGACAAGCUGUUGUGUGGGAAAUCUCUAAUAUUAACCAACCAUGAAGGCAUUUACAUGGAUCUCUUAUUUUUACAACAAAAAAAAAAAAAACAGGUUUGGGAACAUUAUCAGGCCUUGAUAUGAGGUGGAAAAUGAACAACUUCAGCAGUAUAGGUAUAUUAACAUUUUAAUAAUAUGGUUUACAGUUUGGUCGGAACCUCUCUGGUUUAUAAUUCAGAAAUCCAGGCAAACUUCUGAGCCCAGUGUAUACUUUUGAUAUUCCUUGUUUUUGGUUAGUCUUGAAUUUUAUUGCUGUUUUCAGAUUUAAAAUGCUGGUGGCAAAAAUAUCAUCUUGCUCACAUAUAGUUUAAGAUGUUCUCAUGAUGCAUGAAAUUAUUAAAAUUAUUUUAUUAUUAAAUUAUUUAGGUUUGCUUAAAAAAAAAAGUGCCAGCAAAACUAGUAGUACCAGGUUUGUUUACGCUUCAGGUUUAAUUAAUUUUUUUAUUUUAAUGAAUGUCUGCAAAGAUCAGUAAUUCGGCAAAGAAAAGGAGAUAAAUUUGAACAUCCAGUCAAUGGAAUAAAACAAACAAAUCAAUCACCCAUAAUGUACAGAAAAGUGGAAUGUAAUUUAUCACAGUAUUAAUGUCAGUGUUGCCCACAUCCAAACUGAAAUAAUCAAGUUAUUUUCUUGCAACUCAUCAGUUUUGCCAAAGCAAAUACACUAAAACUGACGCAGGCAAAUGCUGUUUCACUCAGUAUACCCAUUUCAUAUGUUUACUGUGGUUUUUUUUUUUUUUUUUUUUUUUUUUUCCUCUUUUCCCUUUGCACCACACUGGUAUUUUAGUGCACUAGGAAGGUGUGUUGUGUUUGCUUUAAGGUUUCGUAUUCUCUGUAUUUUCAGAUCGCCUUCAGAUUUUAUUGAAGGUGCACAAGACGUACAUGAGUUUCGAUUAGACAUGUGCCAAGUAAGGGAUAAAACACUUGGGGGUAUGAUAGAAAAUAAUGCCUAUAACAGCAUGUUCCCAGUUAACACUUUUUUUUUUUUUUUUUUUUUUUUCUUUCUUUCUUUUUUUUUUUUAUCAUUUAUUUAUUUAUUUAUUUUAAUUAUAAAUACUACAGCAAUUUGCCAACUGUUUUUCUUCAUUAGUAAACACACUGUAAUUUUAGUUCUAGUUAAAUUUAAUGUUGUGGAACGUCCACAAAAAAGUUAGUUCCUGUUCUCACCUACGUUAUAGUAACUGUUGCUGGUACUGGAGGCUCCCUUUUUUUUUUAUUUUUUAUUUUUUUUUUUAUUUUUUUUUUUAUAUUAAGUCAGUGUAUUUAGUCUCAGAUUGUGCGGAGUGUCUGUUAUAAACCAGUUGGAACUACUAGAGCUGCUGUUACAUAAGAUUAAUCAACACUUUCUGACCAAUCAGAUUUGAGAAUUCAAGAGUGCAAUUUUACAGUGAUAAUCAUUAAUUUUAUCAGCCUGUAUGCGAUCAAGAUAAAGGCCUGAGUAAGUGAUGGCAUUGAUGUUGGUUUCAGUCUUGCCCAGAAACAAUGGAACACAGGGGUAUUGAUAUUUUAAGGUAUCCAUGAAAAGUGUGUUGACUUAUUGGAACAUGCCUACUUUCAAUCUCUCUCAUCCCGUAUGAAUGAAUGGACGGUCUUUUUUUUUUUUUUUUUUUUUUUUUUUACAUUUUUAUUGGAAGUUUGCUAAAUCAAUAAUGGCUACAGCAGUCACGAAGGCAUGGGACAGCACAUGGACGUGCUCGAACACUGGUCACCAGGUCACAUCUGAAAGUGCUGGUAUUUGCUGUAGUAAUGACAUGAUGGUAGACUUUGUGUCUCUGUUUGAGCUGCAGAAAUCCUGUUGUCCUCUUGACAUCUGCUGUCAUCCCUUCUGCCUUGCUAUCUACAGCAUGUACAACUUUAAUGCCAACAGGAAGUGACACGGUGAAAUGGACGGUACAAUCAGUGAGCUGAAUGGAGCAGGCCAGUUGGACCUCCUGUAUUGGAAGAGGAAGUUCAUAAAGCAUUUGCUUAUGUUGACUGUGAAGGAUAAAUAAAAUCAUGUUUUGCACUAUA